CUGCACCUUUAUCUGUAGCCCAGUAUUUACCCACAAUGCAAUAUACGAAGUAUAGACGGUUUAAAAUUUGUAUGCUUAUUUUUCGGUAAACAUAGCUUAAAGUGGAUCAUUGCAAGGCGAAUUCAUAUAUGAAUUUGCCUUGAUUGGAUAGUUUUUACUUCAUUCUUCUACACUUUGCGACGUCAACUACAAACAUUUAUGCGCAAAUUUACACCACAGCAAAAAUAAUUUUCCAAGACCAUAACUAUCGCAGGUCAAAGAAGAUAAACUCUAUAGAGGAACUAAAAAGAAAAUUUUAGAAAAAAAUCAGUUAGAUGAACCUACCUUUUAUUAGGGUUCAAUAAUUUUGUACCUCUACCGGCGAACCCAUAAACUCAGGCUCAUUUAGCAAAGCCAUACUAAGUGGUGAUUCAUUACAUAACUGAUUGUUGAUAUUGGUCAAACUUGUUAACAAAUAAACACUAAAGUAUAGAUACUUUGUAUACACAUCGAGAGGAGACCUUUGCAAACAGAUUGGGAAGCUCGCUAAUUGCCAACUUAUUAACGCUUUUUAUAGAAGGGAAAAUCGCGAUAAAUACAAAUGUAUUUUUUAUAUCUAAAAUUAGGUCAAAAUAAAACUUCAAUUGUAUUUUAUUGUACAAAAUCGGACGUCUACCUAAUUGCAGUACAUCUAAAUAAAAAUUAUAUCAAUCUUACCAUUUAUCGAACCAAACCGCAUCAUAAUUCCAUCGAAUGCUUUUCCGUUUUAUGCAUCACAUUCGUUUUAAUUAGCACAAAUUAUUAAAAGGUUAACAAUUUCAGUAAACACGACAGUGUACAAUAUUUCUCACUUCACACUGGUUUUAUUUGUUUUUCCAUUUUCAAUUGCGCGUUUAAACUUUCUGUUUAUGUAUAAAAGCCACUAGUACACUGGUUACAAAAAUAGUGUCCGUUAAUAUUUCGAAGGUAACAGUGAAGGAUACAAGACGAUGCGCAAAUUCAUUAUAUUAGCCAGUUUAGUGGCAUGCUGUGUGGCAGCUCCAACACUCCAGCAAACAUCAAAAGAACAACAAGAUCACAGUGUACUCCUACAGCGUCCCAGUCCCAUCAAUCCUGAUGUACCUAGUGACCCUAAGCCACCUGAGCAAAUUAUUAAGAUCACCGAUCCAAAGGAGAUUGUGAAACAUAAGCGUGAAGCUGAUGAUGAUCCAUAUAAUCACAUUUCACGGUUUGCGCCAACUGCGCAUCCCACACGACAGGCGGAGAAGCAACACUCACACGAAUCCGAGGAGAAACAUCUUGUAGAAGCUGAUCCUACUCAUCAUCGCGAAAAGCGAGAGAAACAACAAAUUAAAGAUACAAGAAAAUCAGAAAAUGCACCAGCUCCGCCAGCACCUGCAAACAAGGCAGCAGUGAAAAAAGAUAGUCCGAAGCGUCCACGUGGCCAAAAUGGACCAACCAAAUCCAUUGUACCAACACCAGAACCAGCACGUGAUUUACCAAAGCACCGCCACCGCCGUCAAGUGGACCCACAUCUACUAGGUGCAUCUACAGUUGGAGUGACUCCACUCAUUUAUCAAGAUGAUGAUAAAAAGUUGGACGAAGCUGAGGCGCAGCAUGAAGUUAAAUCUUCUGAAGAAUCAACAGAAUCCACAGCCAAACCUGCUACCCAUGAGUCAACUCAAGUUAAACGAGAUAUACCAGUGCCUUUAGUGCCGAAAUACCAUCAUCCUGAGGAAUCGCCAAAUAGUAAAAACCAAGAAGUAGAAGCAGUGAAAAAUAACGAACACCAUCCAAAUGAUGAAGACAGUAAAUCGCACGAAAGUGACGAAAGCGAUGAAGACUCUAAAGAAAAGAAGCCAGCGCCAGCUAUUCAAAAUCACCAGCCGAUCAAUCAGGCAGGGCAACCACUACCUGCACAGCAGCAUCAAAUUCAAAUACCUGCACAACCCUCGCAUCCAGAUAUUGAAAAUAAUAAGCCUAUUGAAGUGCACAAUAAUGGUGAACCGUUAGAAGUGCGCCCACACGUUGGACAGCAGCAUCAAACUCAAACAUCAGCACAGCCCUCGCAUGCAGUAGAGCAAAAUGAUAAACCAGAGCCAGAUAAUCCCCAACAUGCACAACAACAUCAGCAUACGGAAGAUCCGGCAACGGAGCAAAAUAAACCUCAUGAAGUUCACAAUAAUGAAUCUGUCUUAGAGCAGUUGGCCGGCAUUAAACCAACUCAGAUUAUAAACUAUGAAACACCGGCUAGCGAGAUUACUGUUCCUAUUAAACAUCCUGUACCUGUUGCUGAGUUAUUUUCGAGGCCAAAGCAAUAGUUGGACUUAGUGCACUCACUUGAAUCACUGCUGAGAAAACUGUCUUAAACAUUUUCACUAUUUUACAUUCACUUUACACCUUCAUAUGUAUAAAACUUUUAUUUGAACAUUUAACAACAACGGAUUUUUAUUAUUAUUACGAAAGCUGUUAAUUAUA